UAAAGGAUGGAGAUGGAGAAGAGGGAAAGGGUUUAAGGUGGAAAGGUUGAAGGAAAAGGUGAGGGACUGGGGGAGAGCACCAGACGUGAGUAGUGGGGGAGAGGGAGGGGCACGUAAGGCAGGCUGUCGGAAUACGCUACUUCCUCUGGAACCUCCCUCUCUUUUGACCUGUCUCUCCACUGCCUUUUCUUGCUGA